GUGAAUUAUUUAGUUAAUUAUUGUAAAAAUAGUUUUUAUAUUUUAAUUUUUAUUAGAUUUACUUUAUUUAUUUUAAGAUUAAAGUUUUUAUUAAUAGAUUUAGUAUAUUUUAUUGAAUGAGAAAUUGUUUCUUUACAUUCAAUAUCUAUUGUAAUAACUUUUUUAUUUGAUUGAAUAAGUUUAAUAUUUAUAUCUUUUGUUUUAUUAAUUUCUUCUUUAGUAAUUUUUUAUAGAGACCAAUAUAUAGGAGAAGAUUAUAAUGUAAAUCGGUUUAUUUUAUUAGUAUUAAUAUUUGUUAUGUCAAUAAUAAUAUUAAUUAUUAGUCCUAAUUUAAUUAGAAUUUUAUUAGGAUGAGAUGGGUUAGGAUUAGUUUCUUAUUGUUUAGUAAUUUAUUUUCAAAAUGUAAAAUCUUAUAAUGCUGGUAUAUUAACAGCUUUAUCUAAUCGAAUCGGGGAUGUUGCUUUAUUAUUAGCUAUUGCUUGAAUAUUAAAUUAUGGAAGUUGAAAUUAUAUUUUUUAUUUAGAUAUAAUAAAAAAUAAUUUUGAAAUAAUAGUUAUUGGAGGAUUAGUAAUAUUAGCUGCAAUGACUAAAAGUGCUCAAAUUCCUUUUUCUUCUUGAUUACCUGCAGCUAUGGCAGCACCGACUCCUGUUUCUGCUUUAGUACAUUCUUCUACAUUAGUAACUGCUGGAGUUUAUUUAUUAAUUCGAUUUAAUAUUUUAUUAGAUAAUUCUAAGUUAGGACAAUUUUUAUUAUUAGUUUCUGGAUUAACAAUAUUUAUAGCUGGAUUAGGGGCUAAUUUUGAGUUUGAUUUAAAAAAAAUUAUUGCUUUAUCUACUUUAAGUCAAUUAGGUUUAAUAAUAAGUAUUUUAUCUAUUGGUUAUUAUAAGUUAGCUUUUUUUCAUUUAUUAACACAUGCACUCUUUAAGGCUUUAUUAUUUAUAUGUGCUGGAGUAAUUAUUCAUAAUACAAAAAAUGCUCAAGAUAUUCGAUUUAUAGGGGGUUUAAGUAUAAGAAUACCUUUAACAUGUAGUUGUUUUAAUAUUGCUAAUUUAGCUUUAUGUGGAAUACCUUUUUUGGCGGGGUUUUAUUCGAAGGAUUUAAUUUUAGAAACAGUAAUGUUGUCUUAUAUAAAUUUUUUUUCUUUUUUUCUUUUUUUUUUUUCUACAGGGUUAACUGUAUGUUAUUCUUUUCGAUUAGUUUAUUAUUCAAUAACAGGGGAUUUUAAUAGAACUACAUUGAAUAUGUUAAAUGAUAAGGGGUGAACUAUAUCUUUUAGAAUUUUUUUUUUAAUAGUUAUAGCUAUUAUUGGGGGAAGAAUGUUAAGUUGAUUAAUAUUUUUUAAUCCUGAAAUAAUUUGUUUACCUUAUUAUUUAAAAAAUUUAACAUUAAUAGUUUGUUUAUUAGGAGGAUUUACUGGGUAUUUAAUUAGAAAUGUUAAUUUUUUUUUUAUUAAUAAGUCUUUAGUUUAUUAUAAUUUUAGUUUUUUUUCUGGAAGUAUGUGAUUUAUACCUUUAAUUUCAACUGUAGGUGUUGUAAAAUGACCAUUAAUUUUAGGAAUAUAUUCUUAUAAAAUGUUUGAUCAAGGAUGAAGUGAAUAUUUUGGAGGUCAGAUAUUAUAUAAUCAAUUAAAAAUUUAUUCAUUAUAUGUUCAAGAAUUUCAAAAUAAUAAUUUAAAAAUUUAUUUAUUAAGUUAUAUAUUAUGAGUAAUUAUUUUAGUAAGAAUAAUAUUAUUUUUAAAUUAA